AUGAAAAUAAGUGAUUAUAAAUUAAAAGCUAAGCACUGUUACAUUUCAUUUAUUUUUAUACUUUGCUUGAAAUAAUUUGUAUCGCAGAUAAUAAAACAGAAGCCACUAAAGCAAGCAUACAUCCUAAAAAUUAAUUUCUUCCUGGAUAUUAAGUUUAAUCUUUUAUUUAAGUGUCUUUAAAUAAAAAAUUAGGUUUUACAAUUAAAAUUAUUCCUGAAAAGCUAACAAAACUAAAUAUAACUUAUUUUUUUGUUAUUUUUUCAUUAAGAAAGAUCGAAGCUAAAAAGCUAGUCCAAAGAGGGUUUGUAUUUGCAAUAACUAUGCCAUCCGAAAUGUUAAGUAAUUUAAAACUCUAAAACAAAAUUAACAAAGCUAUUCCUCCUAAUACCCCUCUUAGUAUCAUUAAUUUUAGUUCAAUGUUAUUCUUAGGAUACACAGAUAUAUUUUAGAUGCGGCAAAAAAUCACAUUAAGUAUGA